AUGGAACCUGUCAUCUCACAACAUACUCUCAGUAACGCUGAGGCGGACCAACGUCCUCUCGCCGCCGCCGCCAGUCCGUCAUCGUCGCUAGGUGGAGUCCCUGGCAAGUAUGGGGCUCAAGAGUUACCGCCUGGCGACACAUUCAUCUCGUCCCUCGCUGCUUGGGCAUCGACCUCUCCCGCAUCGGCGUUGGCAUUUUCGCUGGUAGUGGGGUGCAUCGCGUACGACGGGGUGGUGUGGCUGGCAAGACGCCGCAAAGCUCUUCGUCGUAUCAAGCAGUUCAUCUGGCAGGCCGUGCUCCCUGUUGGAUGCUUCAUUCUACCGUCCUGGCUCCUACAGAAUCUUGUAUCAUCACUGGCCUCUCACGAUGGUUCUCUCAUCCUCCCGACAAGCUCCUUCUGUCUGGCGCUCGUCUUCAAUACACUUUCGGAGGAAUUGAAGACCUACGGUGUCCCAUACAUCUCGCUCGUCCUCGCUAGGCUGAUUCACGCCAUUUGGGUUGUCUCGGCAAUAAGGAUGGCCCUAGGCGGCUUGUGUGGACUGUCAACCGAUCCCUCGAUCAUUGGUUUAUUACGAUUUGGGACCUUGGUCUUUGCCUCUGUGGUCGUCGUGCACCUCUUCCUCGAAUGGAUCCAUCAAGCCACCAUCCGUAUGGCCGACUCGGAAUGGCGAGACGAGGAGUACUUGAUAUUGGACUUUAUCGGAGAACUCGACACAUCCUCGGACCGGUCAGAAGAUGAUGUCGAAUUCUUCGCGGAUGAAAGCAUUCAAGAGUCCACGUCCGUAGUCGAUCUACGGGAUCUAGAUUUUCAUCUCAGCGACGAAGACGACUUCUUCGACUGCUCCUUGAUCAAAGAAGAGAUUAGUGCAAUCGGUAGUCCCUUCUUCUCUCCAGAGACCAGCAUUCUUGAUGAAGUCAAAAUGCCCUUGCUCGUGGAUGUCUUCCCUUCGCCGAAGACUCGUGUUGACGAUAGUUUCGAGGACAUGAAGAUCAUGGAGCAAUCAUCUAUGGAAUCCAUUGGUGACUCAGUCUCAAUGUUGUGCCGUGUUACACACUGCGGACUCCCGACGCUCUUCCGUCGCUGUACGUUCCAUUCCUCAUUAGUUGCAUCCGCUCCGCAGCGCGCUCUCGACUACUCGAGGUUGGAUAGCCUCGAGGCGGAUAUUCUUCUUUUGGACACAGACGUUGUAGACGACGUUCUAGUCGUGCUUGGUUUCCUUCAGAUGACUCUUGCAUCCGCUUCCGCUUACGAGAUCAUCCUUAUAUUCUUCCUUAGUAAUGCUUUCAUCCUACAUGUAUAUAAGCUGCGACGAUUCUCCGGGAAUCGUCGCAGGAACAACGCCAGUAGUUUCUCGACGUACCCUUCUAUCUAUCCUCUUCGCUCCUCAUUGCCUCCGCUCCUCGCGUCGCCCUUAUCUCCUGAGUCGAGCCCUUACACUGUCCGAAAGGCGGUAAUCACGCUUGUGCUGCAUUAA